AUGGCGCACUCCAUCCACUCCUACACCCAUAUCAACGGCUUUCGGCAGCCUGCCGCAGAACCCCACUGGGAAGCUGCCAACUCCAAGGAUGACAAUCAGCUGGAUUCUGAUGCCCCAACCUACGAACUCCCGCCCUCGGUGGAGGUCAUUACUUCACCUCAUCAUAAUUCCCUAGGAUUCAAUGUCCUCCGAACCUGGCCGACUUUGUUCAAUGGGACCGCAUCCCCGCACGGUGUUCCAGACUGGUGGAAGCCCUCGGGAACCGUGGAUGUGUUGAUUUGUGGAGCAGAUGGAGUGCAACCGCGAUACCUGGAAACCCUUUCCACCUGGGGACUGGCCAGUGAGGUCCAUGAAGAAGGUCCCUUGAUUGAGCGGACUGCCAUCUACCACGAUGGACAUCCGGUUCACCAUGGACGUUCCCAUCAGUCCGACUCGCGCUAUCGGGGCUUGCACAUCAUUACCCAGGGCCAGCUUGAACGAAUCUUUGUCCGGGACUUGAUGCGGCAUGGCGUGCUGGUGGAGCGAGAGACCACAUUGGAAGAGUAUUCGGUUCGGGAGGAGGACGACCAGGCCCCCGUCCGGUGUACGCUCGUGCAUCCAGACCGGAAGGGGAAUAGUAGCAGGGAGAUUGUGAUGGCCAAGUUUCUGGUGGGGAGUGACGGCGCAUCCAGCGCCAUUCGUCGACAGCUGAAGAUCCCCUUUGAUGGUAUCAGUACGGAUCUCUACUGGGGAAUCAUGGACUGUGUCUUCGAUACGGAUUAUCCCCAUGCCUGGAUCUUUGGAUCCGUUAUCAGUUCGCAACACGGAGGCUGUGUGAUCAUCCCCCGCGAGAACGGAUACAUUAGGCUCUACACCCAGCUCAAUCUUUCGCAGACCGGCCCCAUCGCGGCAUCUCGACAGGCGCGCGAUCCGAUCUUUGCCGAGUCGGGCGGCCAGAUUGAUGUCCAUUCCAUCACCCCCGAGGAGGUCCUGGAGCAGGCAAAUCGCAUCUUUGCGCCCUUCACGUUGCGCUUUGCGGCACCCUUGAGUUGGUUUGCAGUCUGGAAGAUCAGUGAACGAGUGGCUCGCUCCUUCUCUUCGGAGGACCUGCGAGUGCAUUUGGUCGGCGAUGCAGCACACGUUCACAGCGUCAUGGGCGCUUUUGGUCUCAACGCCUCCAUCCUUGAUGCGGCCAAUCUGGGCUGGAAGAUUGGCUUGUGCGUCAAGGGCAAGGCCAGGAUCGACCGUCUGCUGCCGACCUACGACCGCGAAAGACGUCUGCAUGCGGCCAAUAUCAUCGAGGUCUCGGGCAAAUACCUCCGCUUCGUGUGCAGCUCCCAUGUGCCGACCGUCCGAUUGCACCAUGUCGGAGCGGAUUUGGGACUAGAUGAGGAUGAAUCGUCGGGCACACCGAGGAUGCCUGUGCCCUCGACUGAAGCGAUAUCAAUCACCCCGGCCGAUGUUGAUCGGGGCGGACACGACCACCAUGCCAUGGAGACGAAAGAAGUCCAGGCCUUCCUGCGAGACUUUUUUACGCAGCACGGGCAGUUUCUCCUCGGCGUCGAUGCGCCCUACGGCCGAACCUGCCUGAACCCCCUUACGAAACACGACCGCCGAGCGCCUGUUCGGGUGCGAAAUGGAGUCCGAGCCCCCAAUCCGCGAGUCUGUCUAGAUGCUGAUCACACGGGCUAUCUCUACGAUCGACUGCCCGGAGAUGGGCGGUUUCAUCUGGUGGUCUUCGGAUCCAACCUACGGGGCCCAGUGCGAGAACAACUUGCAGCCUUUUCGCGGGCGUUGUUAUCGGACGACGGGUUUUAUCAGAAGCUGGGAGGCCACGGAACAUUUAAUCUGGUCUUGGUAAUCAAGGGGGUUCCCUGGGAAGUGGAGAGUCGCUUGUCCCAAGAUCAUGCCCUGCACGCCUUGUCCCAGAAAGCGACGAUGCUGUUUGAUGACCGGGCCCCCGACGACGAUGCCCACAGCACCUGGGGCGUUGACCACCAAACAGGAGCAGUCGUGGUUGUACGUCCAGAUCUGUGGGUGGGGACCAGUAUCUUUCCCCAGGAUGUUGACCACCUUCGGGAAUACUUCGAGCAGUUCUGGACUCCCUGUAGUGAGGCGUAG